AUGACAUCGAAGACAUCGAAGAAAACGGAUGUGAGGCUGUUGAAUCUAUCAUUACAGAUAGAGAAUGAUUACAUUACCAUGUUUCCUGAUAGUAAUUCUUUGUACAAUAAAUGGGAUGAGUUUUUCAAUAAAUUAAAAAAAUGUUGUACUGCAGAUGAAAAAACAGAAAAGCUUUUACUGAACAUAUCGGAGGACAUAACAGAAGACAGCAAGAAUGCCAUACAAAUUACUGCUUUAUCAUCAUUAUUCCCACCCAAAGGAAGAUCCAAAAUUAUUAAAUCCCAUUGGAAGCCUACCAGUAUAGAGUGUCAAGAGAGCAUCAUUAGUCAUGUACAGUUUGACAAAGUAGAAAACAAUUUGGACAAAUCUCUUCAAGAUGAAGAUUAA